AUGGCUCAAGGCUCGGGCAGCAAAAUCACCAAGCCCAACCCUGGACUCAACCGGUCCAAGGGCGGCAAGACUCCCAAGAAGUCGGGCGUCUCCAAGGUCAAGAAGAACAAGACCAAGGCCGACAAGGUCCAGAAGAAGUUCACCGCCGGCAUGGUCGCCAAAACCGAGAAGAUGCUGGGCGCCAGAGCUGGUCACCUGGAGCUGAUCGGCAAGGGCAAGAAGGAGGAGAACAAGGAGAAAUUCAAGGGCGGCACCAGAAAGUUCGGCUAA